GAUCCAUUGGUGAACAAAUGAUGCAAUGCUAAAAUAUGCCAGAUAUGUUACCAUAUUGGAUAGCCUGAGGAUAUUCAAAAUGAAGAAGCCAAUACCUGUAGACAAAGCAUCUUGAAGAGAAAGAGGCCAGUGUGAGUGUGUGACUGUAUCUGUGUGUACACAUGCGUGUAUGUGGAUGAGAUUUCAUAGGCCAUGUCUGUCCCCACCAAAGUAGAGAGGACAGUAUGUGUCCUCCUUCCCACCAAGGAGACAUUGGACAUCACAGUGGGGCUAAAAGCAACGGGUCAAGAUGUGUUUCAUAGUGUCUGUGAGCUUCUCGGGGUUAAAGAGCUGCACUACUUUGGAUUGACUUUAGUCAAAAACAAUGAGCACAUCUUUCUGGACCUGGAAGAGAAACUUGCUACGUACUUUCCUAAGGAGUGGAAACAGGACUCAGGAAAGGGGUCACAGAGGAGGUCAAUCCCUCCCCUGCUCUGUCUGAAGGUCCAGUACUAUGUGGAGAAUGGCAGACUCAUCUGUGAGCGUAAAGCGAGAAAACUGUACUACUAUGAUCUGCGGGAACGUGUCCUGCGCUCAGAAUGCCGACAGCAGGAGGAAGUGUAUUUCCAGCUUGCAGGAUACGCCCUACAGGCCGAUCACUCUGACCACCCCUCAGACAGCCACAGUCAGGGACACACUGUGUAUUUCCAACCCAAAGAAUACUUUCCACCCUGGAUAAUUGCGAAGCGUGGCAUUGACUACCUGCUGUGUCACGGACCCAAGGUUCAUAAAGAGCUGUGGGGGAUGUCCUCGCGUGACGCUAUCCUGCUCUUUAUCAGAGAAUCCUGCCGUCUGGAGGAUGUCCCAGUCACCUUUUAUCGCCUACAGAAGGACAAGAAAGAAGAGAAAGGUUCAGCGCUCCUUGGACUCACUCUACGAGGAAUGCAAGUGUAUCAGGAGGUGAACAAUGUGCGGGAUCUGCUGUAUGACUUCCCCUGGUUUCAUGUGGGACGACUCACUUUUCUGGGGAAGAAGUUUGAGAUCCAGCCGGAUGGUUUGCCCUCCGCGAGGAAGCUGGUGUACUACACGGGUUCGGCUUUUCGUUCCCGACAUCUUCUGCUGCAUUUAAGUUCCUGUCACCGAUUGUACCUCAGUUUGCAACCUGCGCUCAAACACCUGCGGCAGCUGCAGGAGACAGAGGAGAAGAAGAGGUACCGUGAAUCGUACAUCAGUGAUGAGCUAGACCUGGAUCAACCGUGCAGCGAGGGCAGUCCUCGUCUGUCUCGACACUCCACCAGCAGCUCUGGCAUUGAGGCGGACACCAGGCAAAACAGCGUCUCUGUAGAGAUGGUUUCCAUGGAGGAGAAGGAAAAGUCCUUCAUCUCUGCUGUCAGUCACAGCUCCUCACACACCUCUGGCAUCGACACGAGCAGCAAAGCUCGGACUGAUGAAGAUGAGUGGCAGGAGGAAGAUUUGCAGGAUGUGGUGAAGGAGCCUGGGGAGGUCUCUGUGGACGAUCCUUUGGAUAUCUUACGAUUGGCUGAGCUGCUGGAGGGCGUGUCCGUCGACUGUCCCACCAUCCAAUCAGACACUAAAUUCAAAGGUCUACAAAUGAGUUCAGUUACAGUCAACGAUCAAGUGGACCAUUGUGAUCCAGACAGAAUGAAACAGGUUUUAAAUCAGAAGUCCCGUAACCCGGCCGACCGCUACAGUCUGAGUCUGGAUGACGUGCGACUGUAUUCCCCUCUUCUCCCUCUGGGAACGGCUUCGGUUCCAGAUACCUCUGUCAGCUACACGUUUGGGCUUCCGCAUUCCCCAACCAGCCUGUGUCCAGACAAUACUUCAUUUUGUGUCCAGCGCUCCACGAACUGCCUAUCUCUGGACCUGCUGGAUGAUAACCAGCCGCUUGAGCUUGUCCUUUAACAGGGCAAUGUGAACAAUUGUGGGUUGUUUUACGGAUUAUACAACAUGUAGAACUUUCUACAGAAUGUGUUAAUGAAUAAUCUUAGAAGAAUCUGGCAUUACUACGCUAAAACCGUGUCCUUGAUAAAACCUUUUCUUCCAAGUCAAUUCUAACUGGCUGUGACUACAAUAAGCAAUAAGCAAGAGGCCCCGCCCACAGUGAACUUUCAUUGGUCCAAAUCCUGUUCUGCGUGGCUGAACUGUAUAUUAAACAUCAAAACGAAACAUUUUCACAUUCUUUGUGGGCAGACAAAUUACCUGUUGGUUCACACCUAGUUAGGUCAUGGUGUAACAUGUUAUGCUACAAAUGUUGUUUAGGGAAGGAAACGUUAGACCUCUAAAUUUCACAUUUGCUCUAAAAUGGCUUGAGAAUGUCAAACUUGGAGGAACAUUCUCUGAAUUGCAUUAUGAAUACAGACAGAAGCUACCAGAAAAUCCACUAAGAAGACAAAAACAUGUCUUGUACUCAUGCAAUAAAAUGCCAUACGUUCCUUUAAACAAAAACGUUUAACUUGGAGUUCCAUUUAAUGUUUGAGAUCACACAGUUACAUUACUAAUGUCAAUAGUGGUUAAUCAUAUCAAAUAUGAUACAAAAAUUCACGUUCACUGUCUUUGGAGUCAUUUUUGGUCAUGAAACACACUGAAUAUGCACCACCUGUUCUCCUGUUUUAAUUGUGUACAGACAGUACUCUUGUUCCCAACCCGCUUAAAACUGCAAUCAGGAUUGGAACAAGGUUAAAAGGUCAAACCAAAAUAUUCCACGUAUGUUGUUUGAUGAGAUCUAACCACUGGUUUAAUAUACUCAAUAUAAUAUCACAUAGUUCUUUACUACACAAGUAAUGUUGAACUGUGAUGAACUUUUAAAAGAACAAUAAGAUCAAAGACUGGUUCCCUGUAUACAGAUCAUGUUUGUUUUGUUCAGGAUACAUGGAGCUCUUUUGAUUUCGAUAAUUACAAAACACACAUCAAGCCCUCAGAGGUUCUGUACAUAAUGGUGGGUGUAAUUUCUUUAUGUAUUGUAAACACACAUCCUAUUAAAAGUAUGCCCAUAUAUGUGUUCCUUUCAGUGAAAGGAAAAACAAUAAGAAUGAAUAGUAUGAAUAAACAUAGCUGGUGUUAAAUUCAGUAGUAUGUGUAUGUGUUUUUCAUUACAUAGAAAUACAGUAAACUGAUAAAAGCAAUUAGCUUAAA